GGCCCCCCUCCCAAAUUUCGGCAAUUUGCGCCAAGUUCAUCGCAACAUUUUUUCCUGGUUAACACAAAUAGACUGCAAAAAUCUAUUGCACUAUUUGAACACUUUGGUGCGCGUUCUCCGAGCUGAAAUUCAAAUAAAUAAAUAAAUAGAUUGAAAUAAUCGAGUUGCAGGUGAUUUAGGAUGACCUUAUGGUGCCCUGAGGGGUUGAAGGGAUAGUGCUACUAGCUGUAAAGUGCGUGUUUCUAUAAAGCACACUAUAAAUAAUGGCAAUGCGAGCUCAUAAUUUUUUCCAGUCCGGUGUUGAGAUGGACUCACAGCAACAGCAAUUUUGUCUAAAAUGGAACAGUUUCGGAUCGAAUUUAGCGACAUCUUUUAGUAAUUUAUUCAAAUCGGAAACGCUGGCCGAUGUUACGCUGUUUUGUGACGGUGUAAGCUUUAGAGCUCAUAAAUUGAUUCUGGCGGCGUGUAGUAAACACCUAGCCGAUCUAUUCGAAACUGCUCCACUUCACCAAAAUUUACUCGUCAUACUCGAUAAUACGUCCGCCACUAACAUGUCCGCUCUCUUGGAAUUUAUGUACAAGGGAGAAGUACACGUUUCGCAGGAUUCCCUGUCCAGUUUUUUGAAAGCCGCGGAAUGUUUACAAGUGAAAGGAUUGAGUAUCGAACACGAGAAAUUGGCCGUUGCGCAGGGUCACAGCAUCACUCCCAUGGAUACUGGAAUAGAUUCGCCCGGAAAACAUUCUAAGGUACCAAAGGAAGAAAUAGAUACUCCGAUAUCGAACACAACACACCAUCAAUCCAGCCCGUCCCCAAGUUAUUCACCGACAAUGUCCCCGUAUAUGCAUCCGCAUCAUUACAGACCAUACGAACCGAGGAUGUCGACAUCGGGAGCAUCUUACGGAGAUAACGCCUUGAAACGACCUCUACGAAGUCCUAGCGAAAUAUUACAGGAAACCGGCAAUAGAGCUUCGGUCCUUAGAGACGGAAGCAAAGCUGUAGGAAGACCCGGUUCGCCGGGACAGAUGUGCGCUUAUAGACCACCUUCCUCUUUAUCGAAUUUGCCGAAUCAACCGGGAGGCGAGACUCCUCCAGAAAGCAGAUUCGAUCCGGAUCCUGCAACCGCUUUGAUUUGUCCGGAAACCAAUAGUAUAGAUCGGUUUCAGGAUCCGGGACGUCCAGAAGAUUUGAGAAAGAAAAUGGACCAUGCGAUGCAACAAGACGAAUCGCCGAGUAGUACCGCAGGAAACGGAACAGGAAACAAUAGCAACAUGCUCAAUAACACCAUAUCUUCGAACGGUUCUGCCAGAUCUCAAGCUAACUACGGCCAUGACAGGGAGGCAGAUCUUAUACAGACCAAUAUAUGGAGUAACGUAGCUGGAAAAAUAAAUUGCAAAGCCGGAACUGUUAAUACAGCGGAUGGAAAAAAAUUAAAGUGCCCUUUUUGCGAGAGAUUAUAUGGUUACGAGACCAAUUUGAGGGCGCACAUACGACAGCGACAUCAGGGGAUCCGAGUACCGUGUCCGUUUUGUUCGCGAACCUUUACCAGAAACAACACGGUCAGAAGACACAUAGCGAGGGAGCAUAAGGCCGAGCUCAGUUUAAAGGCUUACCAACAGAAUCAGCAACAGCAGCAGCAGCAACAACAGCAGGUACACAACCACAAUCCUUAAGGUCACGUUUUUAAGGGUAUGACAACUACUUCAGAUCUGGUGUAAAUAUUAUGUUUUGUGGAGAAGAUCCGGUUUGUUUACUGGAUAGGAAAAUUGUGGUUGAUGUUGUUAAACGUAAAAUUUUAACUGUAAUAUUAAGGGAAUUUCAGGGUAACAGUUAUAAGUGAGAAUAUUUUGCACAUUUUUUUGUAUAUGUACAUCGUAGAUUUUUUAAAAUUAGAUGUAUGAAUGGGUAUAGUGAUGUCAAGUUACCAAAAGGUUCGAGUUAUUUUAUUAUGAUGGUCAAAAAUACUCGAAAAGUAAUCGAACUGUGUGGGUCAAAAGUUUUGUAUCACAUUCUAAUAUAUAAAUGAAUUAUUAAAAAGUUAAACUAAUUGAAAAUACCAUUAGAUUCAAAUUUAUUUAAAAACAUGAGCAAAACUACAAUUAGAAUUAUUUUAACAAACUAGUUAACAAACUAAUUUCCAAUUUAAUAAGUUUACACAUUUUUAAAAAUAACUUCUAACAAAAUUAUUUUUUUUUCGAAUACUUAUUUCACAAUUAACUAAAGAUAAUAAUACAUUUGAAUAUUCCAAAAUCAUACGACUGAAUAAUAUUGAAAUAUUUCUAAAACAAAAAAUUGUUAAUUUUUUAUUUUCGUAUAGAUGCGUUUUAAACAGUACUUUAUUAUGAGUAAAUAAUUUAUUUACAAGACAUGAUCCUUUCGGAAAAUGGAGAUACGUCCUUUAGGCUGUUUAAACAAAAUCACUGUUCCAGAAGACUAUUCAACAGAGUUGUACAAGAUGGAUUCUGAAGAAAAAUGGAAAUAACAUAUGUUUUUGACACUAUAGAUAAAGAAAUUUGAAUUCUGUGGUUUAGUGUAAUGGUACUUUGUGUAUGAACCAUCAAUAUACAUAUUAGAACAUUUUUAUACCGAAUAGUCUGUCAAUACAAACAUCUGGAUCUAUUUUUAAACCAUCCGUGAUUAAUUGGAGAGUGUAUAACAGAUAUGGCAUAAGAAGAAGAAUUGGUCAAGAGAUACUUCCUUUAGGCUGUUUAAACAAAAUCACUAUUCCAGAAGACUAUUCCACAGAGUAAUUUAAGAUAGAUUCCGAAGAAAAAUGCCAUUUACAUACGUUUUUGACAUUAUAGAUAAAGAAAAUUGAAUUCUGUGGUUUAGUGUAAUGGUACAUUGUUUAUUAACCAUCAAUAUACAUAUUGGAACAUUUUUAUAACGAAUAGAAUGUCAAUACAAACAUCUGGAUCUAUUUUUAAACCAUCUGUGGUUAAUUGGAGAGUACAUAACACAGAUAUGGUAUAAAAAGGAGAAUAAGGUCAAAACAUAUGUUCUUCAGGGUGUUUAAAAAAAGUUACUGUUCCAGGAGACUAUUUUACAGAGUAAUUUAAGAUAGAUUCUAAAGAAAAAUGGUAAUUACAUAUAUAUUUGACACUAUAGAUAAAAAAAUUGAAUUCUGUGGUUUAGUGUAAUGAUACUUUGUGUAUUAACCAUCAAUAUACAUAUUGGAACAUUUUUAUACCUAAAAGUGUUUCAAUACAAACAUCUGGAUCUAUUUUUAAACCAUCUGUGGUUAAUUGGAGAGUAAAAUUCACAGACAUGGUGUAAGAAGAAGGACGAAGGAUGUUCAAUUUUUGAUAUAUUAAUACUUUGAUUAUUUUCGUCAGUGAAUUUUUAUAUUGUAAAUAUUAAUAUCAAGAAAUCCAUUUUUCUUGUUAUCAAAAAUAGAUAUACAUGACAUGAACAUGUCCGUUACGUUAAUUUAGUUCUGCCAUUGGUGGACCGCCUUUAAAUGUGGCCUUUAAAUGUGGAGUAGACCACGGAUCCCAAAAGUUUGGCCACCCCUGAUGUAUAAAUUGGAACUCUAUUCUACCCAUAGAGAAGAAAUAGUAAAGAUAGAGAGAGAGUGGGUAAGUGAGCUUGUUCAAGUGGGCCAGAACGGCUGACAGAAAGAGAAAGAACAUCGGUUUACCUCUCUCUAUUUCUCUAUUGUAUUCUGAUCUAUUCUACCUAAUAGUCUGUCAAUAUUAACAUCUGGAUCUGUUGUUAAACUUUCUUCGUGGUUAAUUUAAGAGUACAAUAGACCAAGAAGGUCGAGAAAUACUUCCUUUAGGGUGCUCGGUGAUCGCUCGCUUCUGUGUGGAUUGAGUUAAGAAUACCAGUCCUGGAUCUAUUAUUAAACUAUCCUCCGUUAAUAUAAGAGAAAAAAAAGAAAAA